AUGGGACUCAGCUGCUUCAAGUCCUGGAAACAUGACAGCACAGGCCACAAAGGUAACAGAGACGUGUUGGCCAGCCCAGGCUCGUAUUUCUUCCUCUCUAACAGCGCUGGGCAGGGGGACGAGUGGCUGAAGAGCCUCAACAAGGGGGUCUGGAUCCCUUUCACAGGGGUCUUUGGUCAGCGUCUGGAGGAGACGGUGCUGUAUGAGCGACGUUAUGGGGUGCGUUUGGUUCCUCUGGUGGUAGAGCAGUGUGUGAACUUCAUCCGGGAGCGGGGCCUGCAGGAGGUGGGCUUGUUUCGUCAGCCGGGACAGUCCAGUCUGGUCAAAGAGCUGCAGGAGGCUUUCGAUGGAGGGGAGAGACCUUCUUUUGACAGUAGCACAGACGUCCACACGGUGGCGUCCCUGCUGAAGCUCUACCUCAGACAGCUGCCGGAGCCUCUGGUUCCUCACAGACGAUACCAGGACUUCCUGCUGUGCGCUCAGAAGCUGGCGACUGAUCGAACGCUGGUUUUAGGGGAGUUGAGGAGUCUUCUUCAUGAGUUGCCUGUAGUAAACUUCAACCUGCUCAACUUCAUCUGCCAGUUUUUAUUUGAGGUCCAGAGUUAUUCCAACAGUAACAAGAUGAGCGGUCAGAACUUGGCCACCGUGUUUGGGCCGAACAUCCUCCGAGCCAAAGCUGAAGACCCACAAAGCAUCAUGGGAGGUGCAGCCCUGGUCCAGGUUCUGAUGUUGGAGCUGAUCAGAGAACAUGAGUCUCUGUUUGCCAAAAUCCCUUCACUUGUCUCCGCCCGCCCACCUGGAGGUUCCCAUGCAUCACCAAGCGCUCUGAGGCAGCCUCACCUCCACCCGACGCCUUGCCUCCGUCAGCUGUCGAUGCCUCUCAUCGUAGAGCGCUCCAGAGAACCAGGACAGUCUGCCGCAGACCCACAAAACUCCAGCUGCAUCUACUCUGCUGCUGCAGAAUCCGACUUGUCCUCAGGCCAGAAGAGACGUCUCGGCCAUCGAUACACCUCCUCUCAUCCGGAGAACUGCUUCUACCCCCUGCCCUCCUCCAGUACCUCUGAGAGACACAACAUAGACUAUCACCAGGGCCACGCUGGCCGAGGACCGCCCCCUGCAAACGUUCAAGACUCUUCAACAAGCCUCCAGCUAAAAGAGCAGCUGCCGGAGAGCUCCAAGCCCAGAAAGGUGCUCUUGAGCUGGGCAAAAGACUGGCCUAAACAGGAAGAAGCCGGUACUGCUUACUGGAGCUCUGAUGCUCCCGAGGAACAUGGUGAAAUGCCAGGACCAUCUAGCGGGGGCAGCAGUGAGGAUCAGGAAGAGAGCAACCUUUCUGCCUACGACAACAUGGAUAGGGCGCCAGGAAUGGAGGAUGAAACCAAGGAACCAGGAGACCAUGUUGGACCCUGUGAAGAGGAAGCUGGGCAGAUUAGGGGCUCCUCCUCUUCAUGGUCUUCCUGCGAGGUGCUACCGUUGGACGAGAGCAGUGACGCUGGGGAAGCAGUUAGCCCUGAAGCAUCUCCAAAGACUCCUGAGAGGUUACCUUCAAGUCAGGUAGCAGAAAAGGAAAACAGUGACAAUGACGAUCAGGAAGACAACAAUGAUGACCGUGAUAGAGAUGCUGACGUCCACCACCCUACCUCCCUGGCCUCCGGUUCGUUACUGAGUGAGAGCCCUCUCAGUACGGGCAGCUCAGAGGUGUUCCUCCCCUCUGGACCUCCAGACCACCAGGAGCCGGACUCACAGCCUGGGGACGUUCACUCCCUCCUGGCCGAGCUGCGGGAUCAGAUGAACCAGCAGAAGGCCGAGUACCAGGCCAGGAUGCAGAGGCUGGAGCGCUGUAAUGACGUCCUGGAGCGGCAGCUGGCGAUACUGCGGGUCGGUCUGGAGCAGCAGAAGCGAAGCCGAAGCGUCGCCGAGAUCAAGAUCCGCAACAUGGAUCGAGCCAAAGUGGACGCUGACCAAAGAAACAAAACGCUGCAGAAAGAGAUGCACGUCUUCUUCCAGAUGUAUGGAGACGUCAAAAGAAAAGGAGGAUAUGAAGGAGGAAAAGGAGCAGAGACUCUCUGACGAUAGAAAGAUUGAGGGAUUUGUUUUGGAUAGGACGGAGGGCAAGAGAUAAGGGAGGGUAUGUUGUUUCGCGACAAAAGAUCCAAGUCCUUUGAAUGGAUCCUUUAGGCAAACCUUGAAGGCAUCAAAUCCAGUAGGGAAAGUCAGAAAUGGAGUUGUUUACAAAAGACAAUCUAAGAAGUAAUGAAGUUGAGUGUGACUUGGGUGGACUUCACGGUUUGCAGAAAAAUGGUAAGAAAUGUUGAAAUCAAAAAGCAGUCUUGGACAUUGGCAUUGGAAGA